AUGUCGAGUACGCCCGGUCGUAGUCCUGGUUGUUGUCGUGGUUAUACAAGUGAACAAAAAUCUUUACGCGCUAAACUGGAUUAUAUUAUUAAAUGGGGACGUGAUUUAAAAAGUAAUAUUAUGAAACAAUCAUGUAAAGCUUUACAAACAACAAAUACUAAUACACGUGAAAUAAUCGAUCAAAUUCAUGAUGAUUUAGAUGAUUAUAAACGUAAAUUAGAUCGUGAACUUGGUCUUAUACAUGAUAUAUGUGAUGCAUUAACAAUUAGUAGUCAAGUAACAAAUGGUGACGAAGAAAAUCUUCAUGAUGAAAUACUUGCAGCAUUACGUCGUUCACCAACUUAUACAUCACUUGAACAACACAUAUAUGAUGAUAAACGACCACGUAUUCGUGUAAAACCACGCGAAAGAAUUCAUCCUAUAUUAUGCAAUCAUAUAAAAUAUCUAAUAUUAUGUAGUGCUUCAACUGCACCAUCAUCAUCAUCACAACCACAACGAAAUAAUGACGAUGAUAAUAGUCAAAUAAUUGAUGAUAGCGAUGAUGAAAUUAUUGCUUUAAGCGAUGAAGAUGUUCCUAGUCGACCGAAUAAUGCAUCGAAAAAAGUUAUAUGGACUUCAUCAGAUAUUCAAAUUACAGGUGGUAAUUCUCAGUCACAAUCAAUGCAUAAUCCUUAUCGUAUUGGUAUUGCUGAUCCAAGUAUCCGUUCAAUAUUUUUACCUCCACCAAAUUCUCAAUCAAUGUCAAACUCAAGUGGAGGAAGUAAACGAUCACAACCUACUAACAGAAAACGAACGACUGGUGCCAAAUAA